AUGCCUUAUCCCGAGAAGUUCACUGGUUUCCAGGUCAAGGGCGCCGAUACCUGGCAGGAGUUCCACAAGCAGGAGUUCGACGCCAAGCCCUUCGGUGACUACGACAUCGACAUCAAGAUCGAGUGCUGCGGCGUCUGCUCUAGUGAUGUCCACACCGUCCGUGGUGACUGGGGCGCGCAACCCUACCCCCUGGCUGUCGGUCACGGUAAAGCUUUCAUUUGGCUCUUUCUACGGUGGCGGCACGUCUCUAAUGAACCAUCACAGGAGAUUGUCGGCAAGGCAAUUAAGGUCGGCUCCAAGGUCACCACCAACGACAACGAGACCUACUGCAAGGACCAGCUCGACACCUACGGCGCGACAUGGCCUGACUCUGGUGUCGUCUCCCAGGGCGGUUACUCUUCUCACGUCCGCACCCACCAGCACUGGGUCUUCCCCAUCCCCGAGGGUCUUCCUAGCGAGGUUGCCGCUCCCAUGCUUUGCGCAGGCUUGACGGCUUACAGCCCCCUUGUCCGCAACGGCGCCGGCCCUGGCAAGAAGGUCGGCAUCGUCGGCAUUGGUGGCAUCGGUCACUUUGGUGUGCUCUUCGCCAAGGCACUGGGUGCUGAGGUCUGGGCCAUCUCGCGCUCGCGCUCGAAGGAGGAGGACUCGCUCAAGAUGGGUGCCGACGGCUAUAUCGCGACCGCCGAGGAGAACUGGAACGAGAAGCACAAGAUGAGCUUUGACCUCAUCGUCAACACAGCCUCGUCUUCCGAAGGCUUUGACCUCUCCACCUACCUCACCCUGCUCGACGUUCACGGCAAGUGGGUGUCGGUUGGCCUUCCUGGCGGUGGCGGCUUCGAGGUCCGCAACCAGGACUUCCUGCCCAACGGCUGCUUCAUCGGCAGCUCGCACCUGGGCAGCAGGAGGGAGACGCUUGAGAUGCUGGAUCUUGCGGCGGAGAAGAAGCUCUUCACGUGGGUGGAGAAGAUCCCCAUCAGCGCCGAGGGUCUCAAGACGGCGAUGCAGGGCGUCGAGGCGUCCAAGGUGCGCUACCGAUACUGCAUGACCGGGUACGAGGAGGCUUUCGGUGCGUAAAGAGACCGAGAACCGAUGGUGCUGUGCUGUGUAAAGGUAGCUGGGUGGGGUGACGAAGCGAAUUAAAAUGGAGAUUUCAAUGUU